CUCUCUCUCUCUCUCUCUCUCUCUCUCUCUCUCUCACACACCUUUUUUCUCUCUCCCAUGUUUUCCAUUUCUUCAAUCAUGGGUCCCUUCACACAUUCCACAUAGUUUUUCUUCUUUUUCUUUUCCUAUUAAUUUCUCUUCUCAUCUCUCCAAAAUCCCCAAAUUUUCUUUUCUCUCUAUUUUUUCCUCUGUUUUUUGCUCUGUUUUUGCUCUGUUUUUUUUGCUCUGUUUUUCCAUUGCCAUGGCUGAAAACUUAGCUGACGGAGAGUUCUGGUUACCACCACAGUUUCUCUCCGACGACGAUGACAUAACCACCGUACCCUUUUCACCAAAACACAAACCUGCUUCGUUUCUUGACAAUGACGAAAAUACCCUGCCUUUUCCUUCUGAGUUUCCUUAUGGUUUCUCUUCCUCUGAUCUCAGUUCCCCCAUCGACUCUCUCGGUGGCUCAAGUGAAACUGAAAGCGAUGAAGAUGAACAACUAGCUGCUGAGUUGACUCGUCGCAUGGCUCACCUCAUUCUCCAACCUGAUUCCAAAGAAACUGAAAAUGAUAACAUGGGUCGUUUUAAGACAGGUUCACCACAGUCAACACUGUGUGCUUUUGGGAGUGGCUGUAACUGCCGCAAAGGUUCAAGCCAAGGGAAUAGUCCUAAUGGUAUCUGUGAAGAUUCUUCUUCAAAGGCUACUUGGGAUCUAUUGCAUGCUGCUGCUGGUGAAGUUGAAAGAAUGAGAUUGAAUCAACAAAGUUUCAAUCUUCCCAAUACCACCACCAAUGAACAACUCUUUGCUCCUCAAAGAAAAUCUUCUCCUGUUACUGUUGCUGCUACUUUACCCUCCAAAAACAACAACACUGUUUCAACUUAUCAUGAAAUGGGUUUUUUCACUCAACCAUCAUUUUCUCACCAGCAAUUGCAAAUUGCUCAAAUUCAGAUGCUGAGGCAGCAGCAGAUGGCAAAAAAUCAGAACUCAAUUUGGGGAGGUAUGCAGAAGCAAUGUGGGGGUGUAUUUCAGCAAAGACAAAACAAUCAAAUGACACAAAACAGAGGAAAAAAUGGUGGUGCUGAUGGAAGAAACAACAACAAUGGUGCUUUAGGUUUAUCUUCAUCUGCAUGGCCAACACUUCAACAUGCUAAAAAUCAACAAUUUCAAAAUCAACAAUAUGGGUCUGGAAUGAGAGCUGUUUUUCUUGGAAAUAAUUCUGGUAGAAGAGAAAGUACUGGUACUGGUGUAUUCUUGCCUCGUCCUGUUGAUUCAAGAAGAAAACCAGCUUGUGCAACUGCUUUGGUACCAGCUAGAGUGGCGCAGGCCCUAAAUCUACAGCUUGAGGGCCAGCCGCAACAACAAUUGCAUCGUUUUAAAAUCACCCCUAAUGUUGAAAAUGCAGCUGCGGCUAGGUUAAGGGGCAGUUAUGUCAUUUCACAACAGAAGCGCAGCAGCAGUAACAACAUCAGCAGCAGCAGGCCACAGCCAGCAGUGAGCAAUGAAAUUAAGCUGCCACAGGAGUGGACUUACUGAAGAUGAUUGAAAAUGAAAUAAUCUUUUGAUUUGCUUGGUGAAGGAAAAAAAAUAGUUGAUUUUGGUUUUUUGUGAGAAGAAAAGGGUAGGGAAAAAUAGUUUUAUAAGAGAAAGAAAUAGGUAUUUUUGUUGUAAGUGAAGGUUUUUUUUUGGAUGGAGAAGUAGGAAAAAAAUAGAUGAUAAAUAAAAUGUAUUUUUUUUAUUUAGAGGUUAAAAAUUUAAAAUAAUGUUAGAGCCUCUGGAUAAAAAAAAAAGGAAAAGUAAUGUAGCCUGACAUUGCAGUGAUAAAUCAGUUACUUUUGUUCUUUUUGAUGGGAGGUAUUAGAAAGUUUCUCAAGGAAAGACAAAAAUGGUGGAUGGGUCAAUUUUUUGCUUCUUUUUUUAUGUUUGGUUUUAUUAGGGUAAUAGUAAUAAAAAAUGGGUUUGGGGAAGACAAUGAAGAAAUUUGGAAGGGGCUAAGACUAGAUUUGCAGAGGUAUUACAGCUCCUUUCUUAUGUUUUGUUUAAUCAAAAUGGAAUCAUUUUGUGGGAAUAGUUGUCAUCAUGCCAACCUGUCCACCUUAAUUACCUUAUUAUGAUUAAUAUACAAGGAAUUUUUAUUUUCUCA